UCGUAGGCUCGCCCCUCCUCACUGUCUUUCGUCUCUCGAUCCCCAUUCGCCUCCGAGAUCUCCCUUCUCUUCGCCAGAAAUCCUCCAUCCUCGCAGGUAAAGAUGAGAGAAAUCCUUCAUGUCCAGGGUGGGCAGUGCGGGAACCAGAUUGGAUCUAAGUUCUGGGAGGUGGUGUGCGAUGAGCACGGGAUCGAUCCGACGGGCAGGUACACGGGGACCUCCGAUCUCCAGCUGGAGCGUGUCAAUGUGUACUACAACGAGGCCUCGUGCGGGCGGUUCGUCCCCAGAGCAGUGCUUAUGGAUCUGGAACCGGGGACCAUGGACAGCGUUCGCACGGGUCCCUACGGCCAGAUCUUCCGCCCGGACAACUUCGUCUUUGGUCAGUCCGGCGCCGGGAACAACUGGGCCAAGGGGCACUACACGGAGGGUGCCGAGCUUAUUGACUCAGUACUUGAUGUGGUGAGGAAGGAGGCUGAGAACUGCGACUGCCUCCAAGGGUUUCAAGUAUGCCAUUCACUUGGUGGAGGAACUGGAUCUGGCAUGGGGACACUGUUGAUAUCAAAGAUUAGAGAGGAGUACCCUGAUCGUAUGAUGCUUACAUUCUCUGUUUUCCCAUCACCAAAGGUUUCAGACACAGUGGUUGAGCCCUACAAUGCCACACUUUCGGUCCAUCAGUUGGUGGAGAAUGCAGAUGAGUGCAUGGUGCUUGACAAUGAGGCCCUUUACGACAUAUGCUUCCGAACUCUCAAACUGACUACUCCUAGCUUUGGAGAUUUGAAUCAUUUGAUUUCUGCCACCAUGAGUGGGGUCACAUGCUGCCUUCGGUUCCCUGGUCAGCUGAACUCUGACCUCAGGAAGCUGGCAGUGAACCUGAUUCCCUUCCCCCGUCUCCACUUCUUUAUGGUUGGCUUCGCCCCCCUGACCUCACGUGGAUCCCAGCAGUAUCGGGCCCUCACUGUUCCUGAGCUUACCCAGCAGAUGUGGGAUGCCAAGAACAUGAUGUGUGCGGCUGAUCCUCGCCACGGUCGCUACCUCACUGCCUCUGCGAUGUUCCGUGGGAAGAUGAGCACCAAAGAAGUUGAUGAGCAGAUGAUCAAUGUCCAGAACAAGAACUCUUCCUACUUUGUGGAGUGGAUACCAAACAAUGUGAAGUCCAGUGUGUGUGACAUUCCACCAAGAGGCCUCUCGAUGGCCUCUACCUUUAUUGGCAACUCAACGUCCAUUCAGGAAAUGUUCAGGAGGGUGAGUGAGCAGUUCACAGCCAUGUUCCGGAGGAAGGCCUUCUUGCACUGGUAUACCGGGGAAGGAAUGGAUGAAAUGGAGUUCACUGAGGCUGAGAGCAACAUGAAUGACCUUGUCUCAGAAUACCAGCAGUACCAGGAUGCCACAGUGGAUGAUGAGGAAGAGUAUGAGGAUGAGGAGGAGAUGCACCAGGAGAUGUGAAAAAGAAUGGAUCUUCAUUUGUUUUUGGUGAUGUUUCACGGUUAUUCGAGGGUAGUUGUUGUGUUGGUAUGCUGCAAUGCACUCUUCUGGCUUUCCUCAAGAUAAGUGUCUUUAGAUGGGAUUUGUAUGUUGUCACCUCUAUAUUUUAAUCUCUCAUCAUGGGGAUUACUAUAUGUGUUGUAGUUUCAGCACUUCUGGUGAUGAGUAUCUUUUGAUUACAUGUUGGUUGUAUGAUAUUUUGCUUAAAAAUCCUUGAUUUCUUUACUGGGCUC